GGACUACGGACUAGUAAAUCGCGGGAAAUUUUAAGUGCAAAUAAAAACAAUGACGACAGCCAAAUGGAUUUGGCGCUUGGCGCUGAGCAUCUUGCUGGUCGUGGGCUUCGUGGCCGCCGAGAAACCAAAAGGCUAUCACCGGGAGAUUUGCCAGUACCGCAAGGGCAAACAUAUCCAGCCCAUGAGCGCCUACCACAAUCGCCUGCUGGCGAUGCGCGAACAAAUGCUGAUUAGGGCCACUCUGCAGGGUCCCGAGAUCCACGGCUACAUACUGCCCUCCACGGACGAGCAUCUCAACCAGGAGGUGGCGUCUCGGGAUCAGAGAUUACGCUACCUUUCCGGCUACACAGGAGUCCGGGCUUUCGCCGCGGUGACCAGUGGUGGAGCAGCCAUUUGGCUGGAGAACCGCUAUGCCCAGCAGGCUGAUGGAGAACUGGAAUGCGACUGGGAGAUCUAUCUGACCAGCGGGAACGUGACUGUGGCCGAUUGGCUGGGGAGUCACAUUCACGUCGACCAAAGGGUGGGCGCCGAUCCUCACCUGGUGCCCCACGCCCUGUGGAUCCAGUGGGAGCGUGAGCUAGACGAUAAGCUCCUCAAGCUGGUCAAGAUCAAUACCAAUCUGGUGGAUCACAUUUGGGGCAACGAGCGGCCAGAAGUGCCACGCAACCAGGUGAUCCAGGUGCACGAGAAGCGGUUCAACGGCGAGAAUUGGCAGGACAAGGUCAAGGAGCUGCGGAGGCGACUGGCCCACCUGGGUUGCGAUGCCAUGGUGGUCACCUCGCUGACCGAGGUGGCCUACCUGCUGAACAUCCGGGGCUCAGACAUUCCCUACACGCCAGUGGUGAAGUCCUACGCUAUUGUCAGCCAGGAUGAUAUAUUCUUCUAUGUGGACCACGCCAAGAUCAGUCUGGGCAUUGAUCUUCAUCUGCGCACCGACUGCUUCAAUGAAGAUUGUGUCAAGAUUAAAGAGUACAAUCAGAUUUGGAGUGACAUCCGCACGUAUGCUCAGAUCUGGAAACGAGUCCUGGUCUCCGCACCCUGUGUCCAAGAUCUGGGCGCCUCGGAGGCGAUAUACACCUCGAUGCCCGGGAAAAUCGUCGUUUGGGAGAUCUCACCCAUUAUCUUUAUGCGGGCGCAGAAGAAUUCCGAGGAGCAGGCCGGAAUGAGGAGGGCACACAUCCGGGAUGGAGCGGCCAUUUGCGAGGCGAUGAGCAACAUGGAGACGCGGUUCCACACGGAGCAGUGGACCGAGGAGAAGAUCAAGUACGAGGUGGAGCUGUGGCGGCUCUCGCAGAAGCACGCCAAGGGUCUGUCCCUGCGAACGGUGGUCGCCUAUGGCGAGCACUCCGCCCUGCCCUACUACAUCUCCAGCAACGUGACCAACAUCGAGGUCUCCGACCAGAGCCUGCUGGUCAUCGAGUCGGGUGGUCAGUAUCUGGAGGGCACCACCGAUGUUUCGAGGACUUUCAUCUUUGGCGAACCCACGCACGAGAUGAAAAAGGCGUACACGAGUGUGCUGGCUGGGAUUCUGCACCUGGCACAGCUCAAGUUUCCCUCGGAUCUGAAGCCAUCCGAGGUGGACGCCCUGGUGCGCAGCAUGGUGUGGAAGGACAUGACGGACUAUCCGCAGGCCACGGGCCACGGCAUUGGAUCCUUUAGUUCCGUGGAGGAACCUCCUAUAUCAGUUGCCUAUGGCAAGAACAGCAGCUUCCACUUCAAGCAGGGCUACUUCUUCUCCAGCGAAUCUGGCUACUAUAAGCGCAAUGACUUCGGCGUGCGGCUGAAGAACGUGCUCGAGGUGGUGGACACCGGACACACGCAUCCCAGCGGAGCACACUUCCUUGCAUUCCAGGACGUCACCAUGGUGCCCUACGAGCCCAAGCUGAUCGACAGCACGCUGCUCAGUGCGGCGGAGAAGCGGCUGCUGAACGAGUACAAUGCUAAGAUCCGGAACGAUGUGGGGGAUGAGCUGAAGCGACUGGGCAACAUGCGCGCCUUCUACUGGAUGAUGAACCAGACGCGACACAUCCGGGAGUAUCUGCCGGAGGACGAGUACCGCUCGGCGACGGGCGGAGCAAGUGGAGGCCUCACCACGACAAGUCCUUUGAUAGUUUUUCUUCUACUGAUCAUCCUUUUCGGGAUCCUCUUUGCGCAAUCCUAGGACCCCGGGGUUUUUAGUGUACACUGUCUGUAAUUAUGUAGAUCUAGUUAGCUAUGCAAAUUAAACGAGAGAAUCUGGGACUAACAUGAAAUCGAACCAAUCAAUAACUGCAACUGUUAGUAUUUUAGUAACCUCAUUUGGCCCUAAACAUCGAGUUUAGAUUUAAAUCAAUUAAAGUCGCACCCUGCCACCGGCCACCAAGUUUUCCCCGCUUAGUAAUAGGUAUUCACUCAAACCAAAUACGUAAAAUGAAGUGUAUAAAAUCUUAAAUCGUAAUUGACCAAAAAUAUGUUAAAACUGUUUACAUUAUUAAUACUUUGUCUGUAUACUUAAGAAAUAACAUUGUAUAUUUUUCUAAAUAUAAUUUGGAAAGUAA